GCGAAAACCGCCCCAGAAGUUACCAACCUCCUGGUCGCAUUCCCGGUUCCUUUUGAACCGUCUCAAAGUCUAUCAGUCACUAAUGACCCCAUAGUUCGGUCAAGAAGUUUACAAGCCGCCGCGGGAGCUUAUUAAUUACUAUACCUCCCAGAUCUCCCCUAUAAGUUGUUUCGCUCCACUCUUGCAUAACUAAUUGUGUCUACAAAGAACAGCUUCAAUUUACGUUUUCUUCACAAACGGAGAAGAAGAACCCGAAAACCUUUCUCUUGCCAUGCCUCGUCGAUCGUCUCGGGCCGUUCCCGCGUCGGCGGCAGCACCAGCGCCAGUACAAAAAAGGCGCGCGUCUGACAGACUCCCCACUGCCUCCAAGACAGGACCAAAAAGACCAAAGUCCGACAUCACCACUACCACCACUGGAAGGCCCGUCAGGUCCACCUCAAAGAAGAGCAAAUAUUUCCAGGAAGAACAUUCAGAUCAUUUAGAGACUGAUUCCGACAAUGGCUCCCCGCUGGAGGAUUCCCCCUCCAAGUACGACGACUCCGCAUCGGAGGAUGCGGAAUCAGAUGCAUAUACCACAGCCGAUGAGGCGACAAAAAAUCCAAAAAGAAAACCCGGGAGACCACGAAAGAGCCUAGGAAGCAACAAGGGAGACACCGAAGGUACCAGAAAGAAAUUGGACAGUGUUCUAGAAGGUGAUACGAACGAAGCAUUGAAAGAUAAGCAGUUGUGGAAGGAAGGUGUCAGAACCGGCCUUGGACCUGGAAAAGAGGUCUUCAUCAAGAAGCCCAAAGCAAGGGAGGCAGGUGCUGUGCCCUACCAAGAGGAUACCUUGCAUCCCAACACCUUCCUUUUUCUUGUGGACUUGGCGGAGAACAAUGAGAGGCCUUGGCUCAAAGCGCACGAUGCGGACUACCGUGCUUCUAAAAAGGAUUGGGAGAGCUUUGUUGAAAGUCUCACCGAGAAGAUUUCAGAGAUGGAUAGCACGAUUCCUGAGUUGCCUGUUAAGGACCUGGUAUUCCGUAUACAUAGGGACAUUCGGUUCAGCAAGAACCCUACUCCUUAUAAAACAAACUUUUCAGCUGCCUGGUCACGCACAGGCAAAAAGGGCCCUUACGCUGCUUAUUAUGUCCACUGUCAACCUAAGUCCUGCUUUGUCGGUUCAGGUCUCUGGCAUCCAGAGGCGGACAAACUUGCGCUUAUGCGAGAGGAUAUCGACAGGAAUUCGCAUCGCUUGAAGGCGGUCUUAGGAGAGGAAGGAAUGCGCCGCGAAAUUUUCAAUGGGGUACCUGAUGAAGAGAAGGCUGUUGAGGCUUUUGUCAACCAGAAUCAAGAAAGCGCGCUCAAGACCAAACCCAAGGUAGGCAACUCUUCGUUCCUCAAACAUUGCUCCACAGCUCAAAGGGUCUUGUGACCUUAUGGUUCUUAUUCUCCCACCUAUGCCGGUUUAAUUGCAUCAAAUCGUUUCGUUGGUGAGAUAGAUGCGCCCGUUCUUGAGGUUCGAAGGGGAGUCGGUCGCGUCUCAUCACUAAACAUGACGUUUGGUGCUCGUUAGUUUUCAUCUCAAAUGACACAGGUCUCCAUCAAAGUCCUGUCUCUGAACAUAAAUAGAGCUAAACACGCCAGCCUGACACAUGGGUU